AUGGCGGAUAUUGCGAUUCUGGUGGCGGAAGAGUACGAGAGGAGAUUGAAUCGGGAGAGAAGGAGUUCGGUUUCUGCUGCUGCUUCGGAGAGGAAAGUUGAUUGUGCUCGUCUGGUGGAGAUCAAUGCGAACUGGGAAUCCACUGCUGCUGCUGCUGCUGGAAGCUUGAGGAGCAAGAUGGUGGAGCUUGUGAAGAACAAGAAGGUCGCUAUAGAGCCCAAGUCACAGAUUAGCCUAGCUGCUUCUACUGGAUACUUUUCGGCCUGA